AUGGAUAAAAUGAAGUCAUAUGUUUUUGUAGCUCUUUUCGUUGUGUUAAUUGCUACAGAAGGCAUCUUUGUUCAAGGCAAUGACAGUGGCAAUGACAAUGGAAACAAAGGGAAUAACAAUGGAAACGAAAAUAAUGGAAACAGCAAAGGCAAUGGGAAUCAUGGCGACAAAAAGGGUAAUAACAACGAUGGCAAUGAUAAUGGAAAUGGAAACAAAGGUGGCAACAACGGCAACGGCAACAAUGGAAAUGGAAAAGGAAAAGGUAAUGGUGGCAAUACUGACUAUGACGACUUGAGUCCUCUUGGGAGUGGAGAGGAACGAGCUCACUGCAAGGCAAAGGGGUAUUGUAACAACAAGAUCCUAGUCUGUCCAGCUCAGUGCCCAGAGAAGAAGCCCAAGAAGAACAAGAAGCACAAGGCAUGCUUUGUUGACUGCAGCAGCAAGUGUGAGGUGACUUGCAAGCAUAGGAAACCUAAUUGUAAUGGAUAUGGCUCUCUCUGUUAUGAUCCUCGGUUCGUUGGUGGUGAUGGUGUGAUGUUCUACUUCCAUGGAGCAAAGGGUGGUAACUUUGCCAUUGUGUCUGAUGAUAACCUCCAAAUUAAUGCCCACUUCAUUGGAAGUAGACCUCAAGGAAGGACUAGGGACUUCACAUGGGUACAAGCACUCUCUGUCAUGUUUGAUUCACACAAUCUUAUCAUUGCUGCAAACAAGGUAUCCAACUGGGAUGACAAUGUCGAUUCACUGACUGCGCGAUUUGAUGGGGAAGCAAUCGACAUUCCUGCCGAUGGAGAAGCUGAAUGGAGGAGUAACAGCGAAGAAAGACAAGUUAUAGUAGAAAGAACUGAUGAGACCAAUGCUGUAAAAGUGAUUGUUGCUGGUCUAGUGGAAAUGGACAUAAAGGUAAGGCCUAUUGGCAAACAAGAAAAUGAAGUCCACCACUACCAAUUGCCACACAACGAUGCAUUUGCUCACUUGGAGACACAGUUCAGGUUUAAAAACUUAACCGAUCUUGUCGAAGGAGUUUUGGGAAAGACAUACAGGCCAGGCUAUGUUAGUCCUGUCAAGAUCGGGGUGCCUAUGCCAAUGACUGGGGGAGAGGACAAGUACCAAACUCCAUCUCUCCUGUCACCUUUCUGCAGGCUUUGCAGGUUUCAGGGGCCAUCAACUGGGAUGGCCACAAUCUGA